CCCACUUGUGCUAGUUCAGAAGCACGCGGCGCAGUGGACAAGCUACGUGCACCACUGCAGCAGCACUGCCCAGCGUCCAUGACUCUUCUGUUGGAGAGGAUCAACAAAAGUGCACUCCUGUUCUGGACGUGAAGAGACUUCACUGUGCCUGGUGGAGAAAUACUCGUCUUGAUUCCUGCACCCCAUAUUCAAAUCUACUGCUGAGAUCAACAAAAAAGAAAUGAUAAAAUUUUUUCUUAUGGUAAACAAACAAGGUCAAACAAGGCUCUCUAGGUAUUACGAGCAUGUAGAAAUUAAUAAACGGACAAUGCUGGAAGCUGAAGUAAUCAAAAACUGUCUCUCCCGUUCAAAGGAUCAGUGCUCUUUCAUUGAGUAUAAGGACUUUAAGCUGGUAUACCGACAGUAUGCAGCCCUUUUUGUAGUCGUUGGAAUCAACGAGACAGAGAAUGAGAUGGCAGUAUAUGAACUAAUUCAUAAUUUUGUGGAAGUUUUGGACAAAUACUUCAGCAGAGUUAGUGAAUUAGAUAUCAUGUUCAAUUUGGACAGAGUGCACAUCAUUUUGGAUGAAAUGGUGCUAAAUGGCUGCAUCGUGGAAACAAACAGGAACAGAAUUCUUGCCCCUCUGUUUGUGCUUGACAAAGUGGCAGAAAGCUAGGAAGACGCAAGACUGACUGCAGCAUUUUACAGGAGAUGGUGAAACCAUCAAGGGCGUACCGACAGCACUUUUCCCAUGUCGUAAGACUGACUCACACAAUAUUCAAAUUGUUUGGAAAAUAGUUCCUGUUUCUCCUCUACCCUCCGUACCUAAUGGAAAGAUACAGCUACACAUAAAGUGGAACCUUCAAUUUCAGAUGCAGCUUUAUUGACACAGCAGAAAUCUUUCUAGAACAGUCAACAUUUUUUAAAACUGACUGGAGAUAAAGUAAUGGAAACUUACAUGUGACCAUCUAGGUAUCACUUGGAAUUACGUAGCAUUUUGCCAGACCCAAGAGAAGACGGAAAAUAUGGAAAUACAAAUGCAAACUGAGUUUCAAUGCUUCCUUCAAGCACCAACUUGAUUUUUUUCUUUUCACACAAAUGUACUGUAAAUUAAAGCUCUGUAACUUUUAUGACCGCUUUUAAACUAGAUUCAGCUUUCAUCAAAAAGCUGGUUUCGCUCCGUUUUCCAUGUAAGUCAUGGUUACAAAAGCAAUGUAAAUAACAGAAGUAUAGAUUUACUUAGUAUUCCUGUAUACUCUAAGUUGUAACUAGAAGUAUUUGGCACUUAAAUAUUACAACAUUAAUAAAAGAUAAUGAAAAGUUUGAUCA